CCCACCUCCCCUCCCCUCCCCCGACUCCACCCAGACUCCACCUUGGCUCCAUCCAUGUGGUCAAAUUAUUAGGAAUCAAAUCAAAUCAAACUUUAUUUAUAUAGCACCUUUCAUCCAUUUAAGAUGCAACACAAAGUGCUUCACAAAAUAAAAGAAUGAAACAACAAAAAGGAACAGAAUCUACGACAUCAAAGGGACGACGAAUUUAUUUCUUUUUAUCUGAUCUGUAGCUCAAUGAGUUAAGGGUUUGCCUAUGGAGGUGCUGGUUGCUGGUUCAAGACUGGACCCUUCUUAAAUUUUUGGAAAAACUUAGACAGACAAAGAAAAAAGCCAGUGCUGAGUCUUGAACCUGCUACCUUUUACUUGGUAGUCACUUUUCUUAUCCCCCUAAGCUACUCACUCAGAUACUAAUGCUUCUUUUUUUUUGCGCAUUUAUCAUCUAUUUUUUGUCGUUUUUGAGGGUUUUUUUUAACUCGAGUCUCGACUUGACCGUUUUUCUCAGAAGGAUAGACUUCAGCCUUUGUGCUGGAGGAUUGAACCCUUAGUUCCAAGACUUUCCAAAGCCUCCAGACCUCCUGAGUCCUCAGAACCUGAGCUUUCACACAGUCUGUCCCACAGUCGAUCUCUGUUAGAUUUAACUUUCAGACCGUCCAAGGACUGAUAUCUUCUAAGUUCCUGAGUAGAUCCCUGUUAGUUUGAACCUUUCGACAGUCUGAGGGCUGAAGUUUUAAAAGUUUCUCAGUUUGAACUUUCUGGUUAACAGAAGCCUUAAAACUUGUGACCAUGAGUCUUGAUUUCACAUUUAGAACAUCCAUCUGUGUUCUUUUCAGACCUUCACCUGUGGGUUCCUUAAAAAUCCUGAACAAACUUUGAUUCUCUUCACUGAACAGUAAAGUUUGUGGAGAUCAGAAGGUAACAUUAGUUUGAUCGAUGCCUUCAACUACUAGUAGACUUUAUCUGGAAAGCAGUUUUCUGAAAUGAGUUCUUAGUAAAUCUGUCCACAAUUAAACCAAGAACAUAGAAAGAGGAAAUGUUUGAAGAAACAACUUGAUGUUUUCAUUUCAGACUAGAAAACGCUUUAAGACCUUUAUCUGUUUUUGCCCUUUUUGAUCGUUGAAUUGUCUUUUCUGUUAAAUUUGAUCUUCUAAAGUGUAACUGGUGUCUUUUCAAAUGUUUUGUCUUUAGUUUGAUUCUUCUUAAAUGUUUAGUUUUGCUCUUUUGUCACCUUUUAUUCUUUUCUAAUGUCUGAUUUGAUUUUAAAUUGUUUUGUCUUUUUAAUAUUUAAUUGUUGUGUUUUCAAAUGUACACUGUAGCAAAUGUGCAGUUUCAUAACUUCAUUGACACGCAUGCGCCACACGCGGCAACGACAACAACAAUGGGGGCGUACAGUGUAGCAAAUGUGCUGAUGAAGCUAGUGACCCUACUAUCCCUGUUGCAGCAAAAAUCUCCUUCUUCUCAAUCACCACCGAGUUGAACAAACAAUUAUCGAGGACACAUUACGGCACUUUAUGGUUACACCCCGGAAAAGGACCCACUGUUUUUCCUUCUGUUUGCGGGUGUUUCCGUCGUAUCGUUACAGCGCCCCUAGAAAUCUGGCGUGUUUACAGCGUUUCCAUGUGUAUCGAGUGCAUUCAUGUAGACGCACACAUUUUCUGAGACGCCUUCAUCUUUAUGACGAUCGUUUUUGAAACUGUUAAGCGUUUUGUCUUCAUGUGGACGGGGCCUGAGUAUUCCCUUCAAAAUCCUCAAAGAGACCUGAGGGACUGGUUAAAAGGAAUAUUCCACCUAAAACCUCAACUGGGGCAGUAUGUGUAGCAGCGACAGCAGAAAGAGGUCCUCUCUGGGUGGAAGAACCUCGUCCGAGUGGCAGCUCCCUUUCUGCUCUUACCUUACUCACUAAACUCUAGUGCCAUGGAGGACUCGAGUAGUUGACUUUUCCUGCUGCAACCUUCUCUUUUUCAGCUUUCUUCCACGUCCGAUCACUCCCGACCUGGUUUUUGUUGACGUUUUUGACUUUUUUUCCAAGCUUUGACCAAUCCGAGAACAUGAAGUACAUCAUUGGCAUCGGCAGCAUAACCGAUGGAGGGAAAACCACCCUCACCAACCGCCUGAUCAAGAACCUGUCCAACUGCUGCGUGGUCCAUCAGGAUGACUUCUUCAAGCCCCAAGAUCAAACUGAAGUUAGUGACGAUGGCUUGAAGCAGUACGAUGUCAUCACUGCUCUGGACAUGGACGCCAUGAUAAGUACGAUCUUCGCGUGGCUGGAGAACCUGGUGAAGUUUGAGAAGUCUCAUGGCGUUAAUAACACCCUGGACACAGAGAUGGUCCCAAAGUCCGACCACAAGGAGGAGGAGGAGACUCACAUCCUCAUUGUGGAGGGCUUCCUGCUUUACACCUACAGGCCUUUGAUUGACGUGCUAAACCAGUGUUACUUUAUUACCAUCCCGUAUGAAGAAUGCAAAAAGAGGAGGUGCUCGAGGAAGUACACGGUGCCAGAACCCCCCGGCCUGUUUGAUGACCACGUCUGGACCAUGGACCUGCAACACAAGAACAUCUGCUCACUGGGAAAGAUUAUUGAGCGCAGCUUUUUGUGAUUUCUAUGCAGAACACUAUGAUGUUUGCUGAGCUGUGAACUAUUAAAUGAUUUAAGAAUAUAGAAUAUUGUUACUGUUUAUUAUUGUUCUCAGGUUUACUGUUAAAUGUAUAGAGAGUUGCUUACUGUAUUUUAUUGUAUUUUAAAAUUUACAUUCCUGCACAGAACAUUUCAGAUUAUUUUACCACAGAUCAAGGGUACAGAUUGUUGUUGUUCACUGCGUAUUGGGUAGUAUUCACUUUGAUUUAGACUGAUUAGCAUACAGAACCCUAUGAUGUUUCUGGUGUACAACUGAGAACUAGUUGCUAAAAGUACAGAAUAUUAUUUCUUAUUUUAGGUGUGAUAAUCGUCAGUAAACAUUCUAAGAAGUGGAAAUUCACAGAGUUGUAUAUAGUGCUGUUCUUGCACAAUAUUUGUCACUUAAUUGCCCUCAGGAUACUGUCGUUGAGCUUAUUAGUUUUACAUUACAGGCAGAUGCUGCAGCUGAUGAUGUUGUAAUUCACAUAAACAAGGAAACAAGUCCAUCAUAAUUUGAAUGUCAACAGUCCACAAUGAAAAGGUAAUAUAUGGCUUUCCUAAUGGGUUAAAAAGCCCCCCCCAAAAAACCCCAUGAAAAAUACUUUGUAAAAGCAAGAGGUCGGUAGCAGCUUAACGAAAAUUAAUCUGGAUCCGCCCCUGCAGACAAUGAACCGCUGUCACAGUCUAGCUGUGAAAUUAAAAAUAGGCAGCUGCUUCAGACUUGGGAUUAUCAAGAAAAAUCAUAAUUUCUUGACAUCAACAUUAACAUCAAUCCCUAUAGCAGACAUUCAAGAAAGACACCCAUGUUAGCUUUUUAGCACGAAACUCAAAGAUGAACUUUGCUAAGGAACAUAAAAAAGACGCCUGACAAAAUUGGGAGCGCGCUCUUUGAUCAGAAGAGACUGGAGUAAAUUUGUUUGGUUCAGAUGGAGUCCAGCAUGUUUGGUGUGAACCUGGUCAGGACUACCACAGCGAAUGCAUCGUCCUGAUAGUGAAGCACGGAGAUGGAAGCAUGAUGAUAUGGGGCUGCAUGAGUGUAAAAGGUUUUGCAGAGACGACAUUUAGAGCAGGACAACCCCUCCAGCAAAGAAUGUUCCUGCAGACAUUCGCUAUAAAUGUUGAAAAAGACUGAGUCUGUCAUCAAAAAUCAAGGUGGACAUAAAGGAUUUGACUUUUGUUGCAUUGAGUUCCUACUGUCUGGCCUAUUUUUUUUUUAAUAAAGUAAAUCUAAACUGUUAACUUUAAUUUUACACGAGAGAAAACACUGAACUGUUCAACUGAGAAGUGAUGCAUCUAUUGAGCGGUGAUACAAGUUUGAAUCAUUUGACAUUUGAGUGAUAUUGCACAGGGCUGUACUCACCUCUGCUGAAUACAA